CACAAAGAGCUGGCGGCUGAAACUGGGGAGAAAUGUGCUACUUUCACACCUUGCCAGACUGCAACCAUGCUUGAGGAAUCUGAGCCAAGACCCCAAACAGGGUUAGACCCGUCCAUGAACCGUCAUCGACCUGCAUCAGAAAAAACACAGGACAUUUCACAUUUAUUGGCAAGCAUCUUCAAGGAUCUCUACACAACAGAGAUUAUUGGGAAAGACACAGUUGCCAUUCUCACCAAGACAAGAAGGGGAGGCAACAACUACCAUGACAAAUAUGUGGAGGAUCUUCAACAGGUCCAUUCAGAGUACAGCCGUCGGAUGUGUGAUGCUGACAUGUUGGAGAACCACAUCAUUCAGGCUCGGGUCCAGGCCACGGCCACAGAGAGCAGUGCCCACACCAAGGUGGUGGAGGAGGUGGGAGAGGCCUACCAACAGCUGGGUCUGCCUCCAGUCAGGUGGACCUUCAUGUGGUGUGUUGACAACGGCCUUCUGAAGAGUAACAACCUGAUCUGUCCAGAAGACUACAUCACAGGACUGACCCCGCUCAUCAAAGCCCCCAGAGCCAUGCCCCCCCCAGGUUUUGCCAAGCCGACGGUGUCCUACAACAGACACAUAUGCCUCCUUCCCCAGGACGAUGGCUACACGGUGAUCCCUCCCCCAGAGAGGACAGCCCAGAGCUUGCUGGAGGAGUCAGAGACGUCCCUCACCCUUGCCUGUAGCUCAGACACCUGCACCCCCCAAAGCCUACCUAGCCAGGUGUGCCGAGUGAGGAAGCCUAAGUGGAUGAAUGAGCUGAGUGCUAAGAGCAGAGCAGAGGAGAGGGCUGGCCUUCAGAAACUACAGCAGAGACACAAGUUCCUGCGCAACCCCAGAUUCCUUCCCCCCGACGCACACCAGGGCGGCAAGUCGCUCAUCCUGCUUCGGGAAAAGGGAGACAGGGGAAGGAAGGGGCAAGAGGAGGAGAGAUCCCCAGCUGAGCCCAUCCCUGUGUUCCUGGCCAAUCCACCUGUUGUCUUCUUCACUGACUACAGAGUGGGACAGGUAUUUGAGACUACAGUGGAGCUGAGAAACGUGACUGUUACCAGCCGACAUGUCAGGGUCCUCCCCCCGACCACCCCUCACUUCUCCCUGGGUCUCGUCAAGCACCAGGGUCUUGAUGAAGAAGCGAGUUUUGACUGGAAGCCAGCGGAGUGUAUGGAGGAGCAGGGUGACAUGGGAGAACUUAAGAAGGUUGAACACCAGGUAGCGUUCUGGAUAGGUUGCAAGGGUUUGAGGGCACAAUCGGGGGGCCCAGUCAACAAGGAGAUGGAGAAGUCCAGAGAGGACAUGUGCCUGGAUUAG